GGUGAGGGGCGUGGCCUCCGUCACGUGACGGAGAGUGACCUCGCCGCCGUGCGCCAUGGGAGCUCUGGACCCGGAAGUGGCGCCCUGGGCUCGCGGCGGUGCCGCGGGGAUGGCGGGAGCCGGAGCUGGAGCCGGAGCUCGCGGCGGAGCGGCGGCGGGGGUCGAGGCUCGAGCUCGCGAUCCACCGCCCGCGCACCGCGCACAUCCUCGCCACCCUCGGCCUGCGGCUCAGCCCUCGGCCCGCAGGAUGGACGGCGGGUCAGGGGGCCUGGGGUCUGGGGACAACGCCCCGACGACGGAGGCUCUUUUCGUGGCACUGGGCGCCGGCGUGACGGCGCUCAGCCAUCCCCUUCUCUACGUGAAGCUGCUCAUCCAGGUGGGUCAUGAGCCGAUGCCCCCCACCCUUGGGACCAAUGUGCUGGGGAGGAAGGUCCUCUAUCUGCCGAGCUUCUUCACCUACGCCAAGUACAUCGUGCAAGUGGAUGGUAAGAUAGGGCUGUUCCGAGGCCUGAGUCCCCGGCUGAUGUCCAACGCCCUCUCUACUGUGACUCGGGGUAGCAUGAAGAAGGUUUUCCCUCCAGAUGAGAUUGAGCAGGUUUCCAACAAGGAUGAUAUGAAGACUUCCCUGAAGAAAGUUGUGAAGGAGACCUCCUACGAGAUGGUGAUGCAGUGUGUGUCCCGCAUGUUGGCCCACCCCCUGCAUGUCAUCUCAAUGCGCUGCAUGGUCCAGUUUGUGGGACGGGAGGCCAAGUACAGUGGUGUGCUGAGCUCCAUUGGGAAGAUUUUCAAAGAGGAAGGGCUGCUGGGAUUCUUUGUUGGAUUAAUCCCUCACCUCCUGGGCGAUGUGGUUUUCUUGUGGGGCUGUAACCUGCUGGCCCACUUCAUCAAUGCCUACCUGGUGGAUGACAGCGUGAGUGACACCCCAGGGGGGCUGGGAAACGACCAGAAUCCAGGUUCCCAGUUCAGCCAGGCCCUGGCCAUCCGGAGCUAUACCAAGUUCGUGAUGGGGAUUGCAGUGAGCAUGCUGACCUACCCCUUCCUGCUAGUUGGCGACCUCAUGGCUGUGAACAACUGCGGGCUGCAAGCUGGGCUGCCCCCUUACUCCCCGGUGUUCAAAUCCUGGAUUCACUGCUGGAAGUACCUGAGUGUGCAGGUGAGCAGGCACUGGACAGAGGAGGCCUUUCCUGUUCUUUGCUACGUCCUUCAGCUGAAAUGGUUUUGUGGAUGCUUCAUUGCGUGCAAAGAUAAGUGGUUUUGUGGAAUCUAAUAUUGUGAGGAGAUACUUGGUAUCUAUAAGGCAUUUAAGUUAAGUUUUCAUCUUACCUAAUUUCAGAAAGGAUUUGAGGUGGCUAAGUGUGGGUUCAUUUUAAGAUUAUACAUCAGACAAGACCUUUUCUUCUUUGAGUCUUAAAGACUCUUAAGAUAAGGAUAAGAGAACUCUGGUCCAGGUGGCAGGUGGUAAAGCCCAAGAACUGCUUCUCCUUCAAGUAACAUGGGCUGAAAAUUCGAGGUCUGUAACCAGUUGAGCUGAGUUCCUGGGUUGUUAGGGUGGCUGGCAUUGGAAACCCACUCCUCCCUCCUGCAGGACAUUCCUGGGCCCAGGAGAGCCUGUGGGUGGGGCUGGGCCAUGUGGGGACCUGGCAGCAGUACCAGCCUUGGGUUCUCAUGUUCUGUACCGAAGCUACCUCUCCCUGGCUGGAGCUCUUGGGCCCAGCAGUCAGGGGUCCAGGCUCUGGCCAAGGGCAGAACCUUGCCUUUUCCUGGCCUUGCUUUGCCUCGCAGUGAAAUGGGGCAGUGGCCUGGAGGCAGCCAGAGCCCUGACUGGCCUCAAGGCUGAGAAGAGGACAGAUGGGAGGGAAGCAGGGAGGAGAGCCACAGUUCUUCCCAGUGGCCCUGGUCAGCGUGUGUCUCGUCCUCCCUAUGAGCAUUGAAAGAGUCCUAGACCACUUGGGCUCUGAAGCAAGAGGGGCAGUGAGCCUGCUCUCUCGGGCUCUCCUACAGAGUAGCCCCAAAGACACCCCUGGGCGGGAAAUGAACCGCUCCCUUCUGCUUCAACACAGGCAGAUUCUGCCCUCCAGGGAUGUAGGCCGAGGCCGUCCACCCCGGAGCUGGGUCUUUGAGCUCCUGGACCCUUCUUUGCCUGACACUGGCCUUCCUCUCGGAGGGACAAGGAAGCAUGGCCUCCCUUUCACUCACCCUACUUUUCCUUCUGGUCCAGGGCCAGCUCUUCCGAGGCUCCAGCCUGCUUUUCCGCCGGGUGUCAUCAGGAUCAUGCUUCGCCCUGGAGUAACCUGAAUCAUCUAAAAAACACGGUCUCGACCUGGCCACCAUGGGUGAGGCCUGACCACCUUGGGACACCUGCAAGAUGACUCCAACCCAACAACAACCAGAUGUGCUCCAGCCCAGCCAGGCUUCAGUUCCAUAUUUGCCAUUUGUCUGUCCAGAUGUGGGGUUGAGCGGGGGUGGGGCUGCACCCAGUGGAUUGGGUCACCUGGCAGACCUAGGGAAGGUGAGGCGAGGUGGGGAGUUGGCAGAAUCCCCAUACCUCGCAGAUUUGCCCAGUCUGUCUUGUGCAGACGGCCAGAGAAUGGCUUAUGGGGACCCAGGUUGGAUGGGGAAAGGCUAAUGGGGUCAGACCCCACCCCGUCUACCCCUCCAGUCAGCCCAGCGCCCAUCCUGCAGCUCAGCUGGGAGCAUCAUUCUCCUGCUUUGUACAUAGGGUGUGGUCCCCUGGCACAUGGCCACCAUCAUGUCUAGGCCUGUGCUGGGAAGCAAACGGCCAGGGUCUGCCUGUGUUUUUCUCAACACUACUUUUCUGAUAUGAGGGCAGCACCUGCCUCUGAAUGGGAAAUCAUGCAACUACUCAGAAUGUGUUGCAACUACUCAUCUAAUGCUCAUCUGUUUAAUGGUGACGCCUCGCAUACAGGAUCUGGUUACCUGUGCAGUUGUGAAUACUCAGAGGUUGGGCAGAUCAGUGUCUCUAGUCCUACCCAGUUUUAAAGUUCAUGGUAAGAUUUGACCUCAUCUCCCGCAAAUAAAUGUAUUGGUGAUUUGGA